AUGAGCGAAGAAUGGGAGUCGUUGCUCACGGAGCUCAGAAAGAUUCCAAGAGGAUCGGACAGUGCUCCGCAAUAUUUAAGAGUGAGUUCGCCACAAUAACUUUCGACACCGCCGCCGAAAAAUCGUACUUUGCAUUCUUGACCGUUCUGAUUUGCGAGUUGACCAAAUUUGACGCUCUUGCGCUUAAAACAUUUGUUGUUAUUAGGUUUAUUCGGCGGGAGCGUGAAACCGUAGAUUUUUCUAAAAUUUUGCAGCACAUAAUGCGUCUAUUCGUCGCGGAUUUCGAGCAGUCCAUGUCGAAAAGACUGGACGUGAAGUUCUGGAAAAAACUGAAAACGCUGAUCGACGAAAUGCGAAAGGCGUCGGAGAACGACCGUCUCGUCGAGACGAACGUCUUCAAUUUGGCCGUCGGAUUCGUGCUCGAUCUCGGCCAUCUCGUCCAGCAGAACUACGCGCUUCACGAGUACGCACUGCCCGAUUUCGUCACGAUUCCCGCCGUUUUCGGACAACGGAAACCCGUGAAAUCGAGGAAGAAUUCCCGGGUUUUCCUCGCCUAUUUCAUGCUUAGGCUGGGCGAUAUCACUCGAUACAAGGUUCGGGUUCUUUUCUGAAACGCGUAAACAAUUUUCAAUUUUUCUGCAGAACGACAUCCGAAAAGCCCGUGAAUACUACGAAAUCUCGGCGCGAAUCAACCCGGCCGACGGCGCCGUCUGGAACCAACUCGGAAUUUGCGCGGCCAUGAGGUACGCGCAAAAACAUUCUAAACGCCUGAAAACGGAUGAUAUCUUGAUGAUUGGGUUCGCAUAAAACGAAUGGCAAACGGUGUAAAGGAAAUUGAUAUAAAAAAGUGCAAUUUCGUCGUCUGAUUGCAAUGUUAUUAAAAAAAAUUUUGAAAAAAAAAAGACCCAGGCUUUAGACACAACACGAUGUAUCGAUAAAUGUAUCCAAAAAUAGUCAUUUUUUCAGUGCCAAAUGGCUGGAAAGUGUGUAUUUCCACACAAGAGCCAUCCACGCGACAAUUCCGUUCGAUCAAGGAACCCAGAGCCUGGCCGCGAUUUAUAACAAAUUUGCGAAUCGAGGUUUUCGAAAUUUUUCUAAAUACAACUUUGCAUGCUCGCUUCAAACUGCAAAGUUACGCACAACGUAUCCGAUUGUAGAUCUCGAUGAGCUAGAAAGUGUUUUUGGCGGCCCGCAUGUUGUCACAUUUGUGUAGAACUCAUCGAGAUACGCACAACGUUGAUUUUGAAGCGAGUUAUCAGUCGGGCAAGUAUGCAAUUUCGUACAAUUUUUCAGACAUAACCAAACCGAUGCCCAUCAACGAUCUCUUCUUGGCGUGCCUCUCGAAAAUUCAUUUCGUAAGAACUUGGAAGCUUAUUUUUGAAAGAAAAGAAAUGUUUGCAGUUGAUGGAGAUCAAAGACAGUCAUAAAAUACUCGGGAAUCUCGGGAAAACGGCGGCGACGUCGAAGGAAAUGAUCGUGCCGAUUAUGUCACUCUAUCAGCAUUUAGGUAAAAUUGUUUUAGACAUCAUCCGUUUAUUUGUUGGAAAAAAUUAUUGCAGAAGGCGAUACGGAGCUGGAGAACCGUGCGGUCGGGUACGUGCGAACCGUCUGGCAGGCGGCCUACCGUAAUCUUCUGGAAGAAGUGCUCCAGAAUCCCACCGACGACGAUCUCAUUCAUAUUCUGGCGCUGCUGAGGACCGCUCCGGAAUUUGUGCACGAUCCUGAGAAUUACGAGCAUAUAAUGGUGGCCAACUCGAUUUCGACGCACUCCGACGAAAACGUCAAAGAUUCGCACGGAUUCGCGCAUUUUGUGUGCGCAGAAAACCGAAUUCUACACUAUCCGAUUAGCAGAAACCAACUGGCCAAACAUCUAUACGGACAAAUUGAGCAAAACGAGGCGAAUAUUGAAAUGAGCUCAUCUGCAUCGAAAAAUUACGAUGAACAUCGGGAGAAGGAGGUGGAGGAGGACGUGCGGAAUGAGCACAAAAUUGGUGGGAAUUAUUGAAAUAAUCAAAAAUCAUUGCAAUGUUUGCAGAAGAAUCCGAUUCGGAAGAGGAAAUUCUGCAACGUGGCAGACGACGUGGACGCGCCGAACACAACGACGAAUCGAUCGAUACGGACGAUGACGAUUUUUAG